CUGCUCGCAAAUUAUUAGAAGAGUAAGUUUCCCUAGGAUUAGAUGGGAAAGCGUGCCUUUUUAGAUUAUUAACCAUUCUAUUAAACGAACAGGAGCAACUCAGAGGAAAAGAUCGAUGAAGAAAAGGAACCCGAGACUAGCGAGGAAGAUGUCGAGAUGAAGGAGCAGGAUCAAACAGAGGAGGACAACGAAACAAAGAAGGUGGAAGAAAAGAAGCCCAAGAAAAAAGUGACAGCUGCAGAGAUUGAACAAUACGAAAACGAAUUGAAGAUUAUAAAUAAGCUCGACCUUGACGCACUUAUCGAAAAAACCAUCAAAAACAAACUCUUAAAGAAUUCUACACUCAAAAACGAAGAACUCGUUAAGGACUUGAUUGAAUCAUCUAUCAAGCCUAUUGAAAAAGCGGAUCAAAUUACACAAAACAUUGAAUCCAGAUUAAUAUCUCAAAAGCCUGUCAUUGCCGAAAUCGCAAAGACAAUGUCUUCUUUCCAAAGCAUCAUUUUGGGCGACAGUGACAAGAUCCAAAAGAGAAAAGCCAACGAAUUAAAGAAAAAGGCCAUGGAGGAGAAGAAGAAGAGAAAGGCAGAGGAAGCUGAAAAGGAUAAAUUAAACAAAAAACCUAAAGUCACAGCAAAAGCAACAAAGCAAAAAGCAGGUACUUCAGAGUUUGUGGAAACCUUGGGUGACAUGGAUGAUGAAAAUGAUGAUGAGAAUUUCGCAAAGAUUUACGAAGGUGAAAAGAAACCCAACAGAGUCGGUCAAAAACAAAGAAGAAAGCAAUGGGAGGAAAAGUACGGUCGUGAAGCAAAUCAUAUCGCCGCUGAAUUCAAAAAGCGUGAAGAGAAACGUCUCGCAAAUCCCGAUUACAGACCCAAAAAGAAACCUACACCAAGACCUGCUGCUUCCGCUGUCAGCAAUGCUCCUUCAGAGCCUGUGCAUCCAUCUUGGGAAGCUAAGCGUAUUCAAGAAGAGAUCAUGUCUAAGGCAUUGAGUGGAAAGGGUGGCCCAUCAAACAACAAGAUUGUCUUUGAUGAUUCAGAUUAAAAUAAUAAAAUAAAUACAGUGUGUACAGUCUGAUAA